AAGAAUCUUCCGUCUUUUGGGAAGGAAUAAAAGGAAAUGCUGUUUCAGCUAGCUAGUGUUAUUUUCUGGCUAAUUACAGCAUGAUUCUUUUGAACAUGUGUAGGCUCCUUUCACGAACAAACCCUCAACACAGUGAAGUUGAAUUGAAGUCAAAGCAGCCAACAAAAGUUUGCUUUUGCUUCACACCAGGCGAUUUAGUACCUGCUGCCUAAGAGAUGAUAACAUGGUGAAAUUCAUUCAUUCCAUGGCCAAAGGGCAAGCGCUCGGAUUAUAGAAUCAGUCAACAUCAGAUUUUCCAGAUGUAGUUUAAAAGGUCUGUCUUCAAUUAAAUGUGAUACAAUUGACAACAACUUUACUGCUCUGUCCAGAAAGGAGUUCAUCUGAAAAGAGGUGUCUGGCUACAGUUGCUAGAUUUCUUCUCAACAGUCAUCUUUCGCUUUUUGUGAAUUAUAAAGAAAACAGUCAUCAAUAUUUGAAGCUGCCAUUUGAAGCAACUGCAUUUGAUGUUUCAAUAACCACUCUGCUGAAGGUGCCCUCUAGAAUACAACAUUAAAGGUGAACUCUUCAGAGCUCGGAAUAAAUGGAGAACAAAGAUCUGCCUCUCAUUGCAAAUGAGUUUCAGGAGAAUGGGUCAAUGUAUGAAGAAUCGCUUGAGUUUGACGGAAGGAAUCUCUCAAAGCUGAACCUUUGUGAAGAAAGACCAGCUGGAAGGCGAGGGACAGCAAGCAACUUCUGCAACCACUGGAACUCAAUGGCAGGGAUGAAGUGUGCGAUAGUAGUCCUGUAUCUCCUCAUUUUCGUUAUUUGUAUUGGAAUUAUCAUUGUUGCAGUUCCCAGAUAUCAACCUCCACCUUCUGAUUGGAAAAUAUUAACAGACAAUGUUACAAACUUAGGCGAAGGCUUCAAAGACAUGCGUCAAAUAAUGGAGCAGAAGGCACCCAAAGAAGACGUCAUGGAUAAUAUUUUCAAACUGCAUGAGCUUUUCCAGAAUCACACAAUCCUAUUCCUUCAACUGAGUCAGUCUGUUCAGAAACUGGAAAACAAGUUGCAGAGUUUUGAGACACGCAUGGAUGACAUUAAUGCAUCUAUGAAUGAUUUAGAAGAUGAUUUACAACAGUUCAGUUCAACAAACAGACAAGAGAUAUACAAUUUGUCUAUAAGUAUAAACAGUGCACAGAGUAAACUGCGACACCAACAAGUAAACUUGAAACAAAUAACAUCAAACAUAGGGAAUCUUAGUAGGCAGAUAAAGGAGGCACGUUGGACACUAAAUGCAGUCAAUGGCACCUUCACAGAGGAUAUAAGCAUCCACCAUAAAAGUCUACAACAGCUUCAAAUACAAGUAGCAAAUGUGUCAGAAGAUGCAAAAAUCUUGAAAGUCGUUCAGCAAAAUAUGGAGAAACAACUGAAGGAUGAGGUUGCCAUACUCAGCAAUGUCACAGAAGACCUGAAACUGAAAGACUGGGAACAUUCAAUUACCCUGAAAAAUCUUACGUUAGUGCAGGGGCCUCCUGGGCCAAAAGGUGAAAAGGGUGAUGAUGGAUUGGAUGGACUUCCUGGACUCAGUGGUGUAGCUGGGAAAAGAGGUUUACCUGGUUUGACAGGAACGCCUGGAAUGCCAGGCCUCAAAGGAGAUCCAGGAGAACGUGGCUUACCUGGAUCUUCUGUUAAAGGACAAAAGGGAUCAUGGGGUCGUAGAGGUGAGAGAGGAAGAAAAGGAGAAAAGGGGGAGAAAGGUGAUCGAGGAGAAAUUGGACCUGUUGUAAGACUGGUGAAUGGAUCGGGACCUCAUGAAGGCAGAGUGGAGGUUUUCUAUGACCAGCUCUGGGGAACAGUGUGCGAUGAUAAAUGGGACAAGCAGGAUGCUGAUGUGGUCUGCAGGAUGCUUGGUUAUAAAGAAGCUUAUGAGAUUCAUGCAGCAAAUAAAUUUGGACAAGGCACUGGUCAUAUUUGGAUGGAUGACGUUUCUUGUACAGGAACUGAGGAGACAAUUCUUCAAUGCAAAUUCUCAGGAUGGGGAAAAACCAACUGUGGGCAUGCAGAGGAUGCAGGGAUAGUUUGCAAGAUUGACUGAUUUGGAAAAGGAAUCAUUGAUCACUUAAACAGCAUUUUCAUUUUAAAUGGUAUUUGUUUCUGCUUUGUUUUCCACUGUUAAAAACCUUGUUAAAAGUAAGUCCGUUUUCCAUAAUUUAAUCAUUUAUUUCACAACAUUUAUGAAGAGCAGUUAUAUUCAAGAAAUAUUAUGCGUGAAAAAGACAAGACCAUUAUUAUAAAUAUUGUUAUAGUGUUUGAUAAUCACAAUUCCUUGCACUGAAGAAUAUGGGCCUGAAUUUUGUUGUGCAUGUUGCUGGCGUGACUUUGAAAAGCAGCAAUAGAAGAAAAUGCUACUACUGUCAAUUGUUCCUUCCAUUAAGUUGGUGUUGAAUUACAAGAUGUAUGCUCGAAUGGUUUAGGGUGUAGUGGCAGUGCAAGAUGUUCAAACAAAACUUGCAUUUGUUAUACAAAUAUUUAUUUUCCAAGAUGGCAUCUCAAAUAUUCCAUUCAUUAAUGGGUUUGACAUAAGAAUAAUGUCCUCGUGCAGAGCUCAUUGCAGUUUUGUUUAAGGAUUAACCACUUUGAGUGAUGCAGUGCUGCAAUAUCCAAAUCCUGCAACAUAACUUACACCAAUGGAAUAAAGUGAAUUGUGUUGGUGGCUUCUCACACAGCAUAUUUCUAACUAAGGCAUAUUAGAGCAUAGGACAUAGGUUUGUAGAAUAAGCUUUUCAACUCCUCAAGAUGCUGCCACCAUUCAAUUAGAUCAUAGCUAAUCUGCACAACAAUCACAAUUAUCUGCUAUUAGUUCAAGGGAUAGAUUUUACAGGGUGCCAAUGUAGAAGCCCAGGUGAAGAGCAGCUGGCCCACAGCCAGAUUCAGGCAAUUAGCUUGUAAUAGACUGGCAAUAGAGUUUCCACUCAUGAGCGACAAGACAUUCCACUCAGAGCUGCCAGCCAAUCAGAUGCCACUGGUCUUCCAGGACUAGCAGUGCCACCAAGAACAGUGCAAAUUGCCAGGACUUCCCACAUGUGAUCAAGAAGCUUUCAGUGGUGGAUCACUGGCUCUGGCAAUCUGGUGUGGGACUCGGAGUAUGAGAGAUCAUGAAGGUACAGACAGUAUCCCCCUUUAGACUCUUUCUAUCGUUCUCAUCAUUUGUCUUCACACCUAUUUUUGUGUCACCCACAAGUUAGUUAUUGUAUAUUCAUUUUCUUCAUUUAAGUCAUUAAUAUAUAUUGUAUAUAAUUGUGGCCCCAAUAUUUAUUCUCCAUGACACUCCUCUAGUUGCAUGUUGGCAUCCUGAAAAUGCCCACCUUCUCCUAAACCUCUGUCUUCUAUUAAUUAGUCUGUCUGCCUAUCUAUCAAUGUUAAUGUACUACCUCGAGCACCACAGACUUUUGUUUUAUUAAGUCACCUAAAGCAUGGUAUCUUAUCAACCGCCUUCUGAAAAUGCAAAUAUAAUACUUCACCUUUAUUACCGCCUCAAAAAUUUCUAAUAAAUUUGUCAGGCCUAUUUCCUGCUGUCUCUGCUUAAUCAUACGAUGUGUUUCAAAAUGCUUUCCAUUUCAUCCUUAAUGGUAGAUUCUAGCAAAUUCUCAAUGACAGACAAUAAGCUAAUUUUUAAAGUAAAGUGACAUUGGUAGUUUUCUAAUCUUCUGGAAUUCAGAAUCCAAGGAGUCUUGGAAGAUUUCUACCACUGCAUCUACUAUCUCUAUAGCUACUUCCUUUUAAUAUUCAAGAAUGCAUCACAUCAGGUCCAGGGGACUUAUUGGUCUCUAGUCUCAUUAAUUUCCCUGGCCUCUUUUCACUUGUGAUAGUUAUUCUAGUUAUUUCCUCUCUUCCUUUACCCCUUGAUUAUUUCAUAAUUUUGAAAUACUACCAGUAUCUGAAGAAUGUGAAGACUGAUGCAAUAUAUUUAUACUACUCUUCUGCCAUCUCCUGGAGCCCAUUAUUAUUUCCUAGUUUUGUUCAGUAAUUGUGGAGCAGGCAUGAAGGGCGAAAUGACCCACUGCUGCAUCAAUUUUCUAUGUUGCCUUCUUCAGGAACCGAUUAUAACUUUAGACUCUCUCUUCCUUUUCAUAUGUGUAAAGAAGCUCUUGCUGUCCACCUUGAUAAUAUUUUCAAUUUGGCCCUCAAAAUAUAACUUUUUCCUCUUUAUUACUAUGUAGUCAUCUUUUAUUGGUUUUUAAACUUUUCCCAAUCCUGUAUCUUCCCACCAAUCCUUGAUGCGUUGCAUAGUAUUGUUUUUCAAUUUGGUGCUAUCCUUAACUGUUCUAGUUAAAUAUAUGUUUGAGGUAUAGGAGUUCGGGAGGAAAGGGAUGAUAUUUUCACAGCAGACCAGAAGGGCCUCAGGAAAAAUCCUCUAUAGGAAGUGGGACCAGGUAGACAGAAAGGUCAAUUUCUGGGGUCUGCUGGUCUAAGUGACUGGUGUACGCUAAUGCUUAAUCUCCUUGUUCCUCCAUAGUUCUUUUUCUUUAAUAUUCAUGAUAUAGGUUUUACUGACAGGUAUGUAACAACACAUAUUAUAUACCUUCAAUUGCACUGGAGAAGAUGGUGGUGUGCUGCCUACUUGUGGAAUAGGUAUUCCCACAGUAUUUUCAGUUAGGCAUCUGCAGGAUUUUGGUCUGAAAAUAUAUAUAGCACCUUUACAAUAAUUAAACAGCUUAAUGUGCUUUAUAGUUGUUUUAUAUAACAUUUAACACCAAACUACACAAGGAAAUAUUCGGUGAGUUGAUUUAAAGGCUUGGCAAAAGAGGUAGAUUUUCAAGGAGGAUCUUACAAGAAGGAAGUUAGAUAGAGAGGCAAAGAUAUAAGAAUGGAAUUCCAGACCUUAGGAGCCAUUCAGCUGAAAAAUACAUCUGCUAAUUGUGGAAAUAAUUAAAAUCAGGAAUAUAAAUAGGCCAGAGUUGUGAGAAAUCCAGUGAUUGGAAUGCGGGGGAGAAUGUUGUUAAGCUACAAGACAUUACAAAAUUAGGGAGAGGGAAAUCCUCUGAAAGACUUGAAAACAAAGAUAGAGCCAUAGGUGAGAACAACGAAAUUCCACCUGACAGCAGCACCACUUCAAGUUCUGGCACUAGCAAGGAGACAGCCAAGUUCCAUGAUCACUUAUCUGCAGACAUAUGUAUCUCCAGGUCCUUUUUCUUUUGUCUGCCAAUUCUUAAUAAUAUGCCAUCCCCACAAUAGCAAAGAUAUCUGAUGAGAUACUUUUUAAUGUAAGCCAGAAGCCAGUUUUGUUUCUCUGCUUUUAUUUACUCCUAUUUAAUUGUUUCCAACACUUCAACUUGGAAUUUAAGGCAAUUUUUGUUCCCUAAACAUGUGUAUUUUUAUGCAAAUAAGAUUAUAUGUGAAUAUUGCUUUUGGGAAAUUGAUAUUAAACCAGUGCAAAGUGCAAGUGCAUUACAUUUUAAAGUAGACUUUCUCUAUCUCUCUUACCUUGAAUGAUAUGGUAGGGAUUUAUGAUAAUUAUUUUACUGUAGCACCGAGUUCAAUUCAGUAAUAACAGUAAUGAAAACACUUGCCUAUUGACUUUUAGAAUUUGAGAACAGGUUUCAGAAGAUCGCACAUUAGAAUGGCCACAGUACGGCAAAUUGAUGGUGUAUAUAAAAGUAAUAACUGUUGAAUUGUGAAAAUUUUGAUUAAUUUCCACUUCUGAUUCAUUUUUCACACUUCAGUCAGUUUUUGUACCAGGGCAGUGGCAACAUCUAAGUACUCUGCUGUCCCUCCCUGUGUAGCAUUAUUUUAAUUGUUUCCAACAAUAAGUUACAAAUUAAGAACUUGCUUGAAAAUUUACCUCAGGUUAGGCAAAAUAAAAAUUGAUAAUAAUUUUGAUGGUCUUCCAUUUCAUUUAAUGUGAAAACAAAAUAAUCAAAGGAUUACAGAAGUGUUAUGGCAUGGAAGGAGGCCAUUUGGCCCGUUGUCCCCGCACUGGCGCUUCAAAUGAGCAUCAUUGCCUGAAAAUUGCUUCCAAGAUGGUGGCAGAGUAGGACUCCUGCGCUAGAACUCAUCCGCUCAGUCCGUUUCGUUUUUGUUUUCUUGCUUUUUCUUUUUACCUUCUGACCUGCAAUAUCUGGGAUGAAAGGCAGUGUGAACUCCUGGCCUAGGCGUGGAUUUGGACCCUUGUCCUCGGCAUGGACUCCUGGCGCUCGAGGUGAAGCCUGGUCCAGUCUGGGUUGGAAGGACUGUUAUUCUGAACUCUUACUUCUCUAUUUUUCUAAUUUAUUGCUGGAGUUUUUAUUUAUUUACUUUUCUAAUGUUUUCCCUGCAAGUUUGUUCUUAAGAAUCUGUACUUUGGUUCCUAGGAUGGCGCUGUAAGUGGUGACUUGUAAACUUUUCACUGUAUUCACAUGAGUAAUGUGACAAUAAAGCUAAUUCUAAUUCAUCCUACUGCCAAUCUCCUGCUUUUUCACCAUAUUGUCAAAUUUAUUUCUAGCCAAAUAAUCAUCCAGUGCUGUCUUGAAUGCUUCAACUGAACCUUUCCACCUUUCCAGGCAUUAGGUUCCAAACUCGAGCUACAUGCUGUGUGAAAUUUUUUCUAUCGUAUCAUAAUUGCUCCUUUUGCAAAUCACUCAAAAUCUGUGCUGUAUUGUUCUUGAUUCCUUUUAUGAAUGGGAACAGUUUAUCCCUACUCACUCUAUUCAGUGUGCUCACGAUUCUGAAAUCUUCUACCAGACCUCAUCUUAACCUUUUACUCUCUAAAGAAAACAGCCCCAUCUUCUUUAAUCUAUCCUCUUAAAUGAAGUUCCUCAUCCAUGGAACCAUUCUUCUAAACUGCAACUGUACUCUCCUUAAUGUGGUCCCAUCCUUCCUGUAAAAUGGAAGGACUGUUUACAGCAAUCUAGCUGAGGGUUAGAAGUAUCUUACACCUCAACAUCACCUCCUUG